AGAGAAUUCUCUUUUUCAGCACGAGUUUUCUAGUCAGCUGCUUUUAUAGCUCUGGUCAAUUAGGUUCACAUGAUCAGCUGAUAGUUCUCAUUUAUAAUCAGCCUGAGCAGCAGCCACAACGUCUUUCUUACACUCACAUGUGCCUACUCUCAUUCUUGCUUUCUUUCUUCAUUUGUUCUUGUCGCAUUCACAGUUCUCUUACCUGAGACCUCAGUUUUAGAGAUACUAGACUCAUGGCUACAAAAAAGGAGAGCAUGGACAACUUUUCAUUUGAUACUGAGGGCAAGGUAAAUCAUUUAUGUGGGUUGACAAAUGACCAGAAAACAGACAUAUUAAAGGAGGACAGUAAAGACAAAUUAGCUUAUUGUGUAACUGACAUACCACCAUGGUACCUUUGCAUCAUCCUAGGAAUUCAGCACUUUUUAACUGCGUUUGGAGGAAUCGUUGCCAUCCCUCUGAUCCUGUCUCAGGGUCUCUGCCUGCAGCAUGAUGGACUCACUCAGAGCCACCUGAUCAGCACCAUCUUCUUUGUUUCAGGGAUAUGUACCUUACUGCAGGUCACCUUGGGGGUCAGGUUGCCUAUUCUUCAAGGUGGGACUUUCACUCUUCUUGCACCAACAACAUCCUUGCUGUCCAUGCCAGACUGGGUCUGUCCUGCCUGGACACAGAACGCCACCCUGGUCAAUACCUCCUCCCCUGAGUUCAUCGAGGUGUGGCAAAGUCGCAUACGGGUGAUUCAGGGUUCGAUCAUGGUGGGCUCCUUGUUCCAAGUGCUGGUGGGAUUUUCUGGUAUUAUCGGUCUGUUCAUGAGGUUUAUUGGUCCUCUGACAAUUGCACCCACUAUCUCUCUUAUUGGCCUUUCUUUGUUUGACUCGGCUGGCAUGAACGCAGGAAACCACUGGGGAAUCUCAGCCAUGACAACAUGUUUAAUUGUGCUGUUUUCCCAAUAUCUCUGCCACAUUGCCAUCCCUCUCCCUGCAUACAGCAAGGCCAAAAGGUUUCACAUCUCCAAGAUGAACAUCUUUCAGAUUAUUCCUGUCCUCCUGGGAAUCACAGUUUCAUGGCUCAUCUGUUACCUGCUGACUAUCUAUAAUGUCCUCCCAUCUGAUCCAAAUCAGUAUGGGUAUCUUGCUCGCACAGACAUUAAAGGAGACGUAAUGGGGAAUGCACCUUGGUUCAGGUUUCCUUAUCCAGGCCAGUGGGGCUUACCAACUGUGAGUCUGGCAGGGGUAUUAGGAAUCCUGGCAGGAGUCAUAUCCUCCAUGAUUGAGUCAGUAGGUGACUACCAUGCUUGUGCUAGGUUAAGUGGUGCUCCACCUCCACCCAAACAUGCAAUCAACAGAGGGAUUGGGAUUGAAGGCCUUGGAUGCCUGCUUGCCGGAGCCUGGGGGACGGGAAACGGAACCACUUCUUAUAGUGAGAAUGUUGGUGCACUGGGCAUAACUAAGGUUGGCAGUCGCAUGGUGAUUGUUGCCAGUGGUUUCGUUAUGAUCAUAAUGGGACUGUUUGGAAAAAUUGGAGCCAUUUUUAGUACAAUCCCAUCACCCGUUAUUGGAGGGAUGUUUUUAGUUAUGUUUGGAGUUAUAACUGCAGUUGGUGUUUCCAAUCUACAGUAUGCAGAUAUGAACUCUUCUCGUAACAUCUUUAUCUUUGGCUUCUCGAUGUUUACGGGACUUGUCUUUCCAAACUGGAUGAUAAAAAAUCCUGAUGUCUUAAACACAGGUGUAGUGGAGUUAGAUCAAGUUCUGCAGGUUCUUCUAACAACCAGCAUGUUUGUUGGAGGAUUUUUUGGAUUUGUUCUUGAUAACACUGUCCCUGGAACAAGACAUGAGCGUGGCAUGACUGUAUGGGACAAGGCUCAUGAAGAUGAGUCUGAGAACACUUUGGAAUGUGAGGAGGUCUAUGGCCUGCCCUUUGGCAUCAGUUCUCGACUUGCAUCUUACUCCUGGGUUAGAUAUAUACCUUUUUGCCCGUCUUAUAAUGCCAGACCACAGAAUGACACCUCCAGCAACUCACUUGGGUAUAAGAAGUCUUGCAAAGAUAACCCGCACGUCAUAAUAUCAGCGGCACUAUAAUCGUUUAUAUGGAAACUUCAUGAGGUUUUUGGGGCUCUAUUUGUAAAAGUUUUGUGUUAUAUCCAUAUAUUGAAUCCAACCUUUGAAAAUACUAAAUGCUCAGAAUUUACUAAUGAACUAAGGCAGCUGUUAGAUAUAUUCUUUAUAUUCUGAAUGUUUUCCUGUUAAUUUUUAAAUGAUAUUAUAUUAUAUUAUAUUAUAUUGUAUUAUAUAUAUUUUCUUGUACUGGCAUGAAUAUGCUAUGAAUAUAAUUUGCUAGGAAGAACUGUAUUUUUGCAUUCUUGUUCGAAUAAAUUUCAUGCGAUAAAAAAACCCAUAUUACUAUUAAUCAAAACACAAAUUUGAAUAUCAUUAUUUUGAAUUAUUAUAUUUGAAUAAUAUAAUAAUUUUGAACCACAAUGGAAUUUCAUGUUUCAUGCAAAACUAAAACCUUAAACCAAAUUCAAAAAAGUGUGAAUAUAUUCAGUUUAUAAAAAUCUUUUUAAUUUACCUAAAUUUAAGAUUUGCAUUCUUAAAUGACAUCCAAGUAACUUGCAGGCAAAAGCAAUCAAGCACAGAACCCCCUUUUCCCAGUUCAAAAAAAGCUUAAUUUUGCAUUUCAAACAUUAAUUUGUAUAUCUAGCUUUAUGCAUGAAAUUCUGACUCUUAAAAACCUGAAACUGAAUUUUAAAUCUAAUAUUAUAGAUCUAUUUCUAUCUCCAUAUUCAAGUUUCAACAAGCUUGACAUAUUGUAUAAGAGAGUUAUGUAUGUAUGUAUGUAUGUAUGUAUGUAUGUAUGUAUGUAUGUAUGUAUGUAUGUAUGUAUGUAUGUAUGUAUGUAUGUAUGUACACGUGUGUGUGUGUGUGUGUGUGUGUGUGUGUGUGUGUGUGUGUGUGUGUGUGUGUGUGUGUGGUUCUAUAAAAAUAUGUAUUCCUUUUUAUGAAUCACUUCAGAGCUAGAUGUGCGUUCCACUUGCUAAACACUAACUAAAGCUACCAGAAGUUAUAUUGUUUUUCUGCCAGGCUGAUAAGUCAAGAAUGAUGUUUCCUUUAUCUGAGUGUUAAGUCAUGUUUAAUGGCUUUGUAGAGGUUGAUAAAGCACUCUGCCCAAACA